AACGUCUCGCUCAAUAGGUAUGAUAAAGAUCACUCAUAAAUGAAUAGGAAAUUUACCGCAUUUUUACAGUCGAUUGGAGUGGGGUAAACGGUGAAAAGAAGACUGCGCGUCCAGGGAUAAUUAAACGUGUUUAUGGCGAGUUUUGUGCGACCAGAUGAAGCGCCAAAGCCUCAAUUGCGUUUAUCAAAAUGGGAGAAAGCUGAUAUUAGAACUGAACGACGUUCUCGAGCGAGUAAACAUGAACUUAUGCGGGAGAAUAUUGCCGACAAACUGCGAUGUCCACUUUGCUUCUGCCUUCCUUGUGUGGUUAUCGUCUUUAUCUUACUCAUACUAAUCGGAAUCUACGUUGUGCGGCCGUAUGUUCAAGGCAGAGGAUUAGUUUCCACCGAAUGCCUGGUAACUCGCGUGGAGUCUUUACAAGAGGGUUCCUGCAGUCACCGAACAGACAAAUUCGGCCCAUGCGUCAAAAUUUUCGUAGCGUACGAUGUUGACCAAACAGCAAAGUUUGAAGCGGUUCUCAUGGAAAACGAGCAAGCUUUGGCUUUCUGCGAGAAGUGUUCUCUUACGUUUGGUAACAGCGACCUGUUCGGAAGAUACAGCUCGUGUGCUUGGGACUCAGAUUUAACCAUGGAGGAAUGUGAUCAAACAUAUAUGGAAUUAUAUGGAACGGUUAACAAUACAUUUUCGUGUUUUUAUGAUCCUGAACGUUCAGAAGACGUAGCGCGGAUACUCAAGAUUUCAACCGGUGAAGCAGUGUGCUUGGUUCUCUUGCCUCUUUUGUUUUUGCUGCUAUGGCUUUUGGCUGUUGCCUUCCUCGUUUAUGACAAUCAUCUCCGAAGUGUCGUUGAUGAGCAGAUCAUAGAGGAGAACGCAAAAGCUAACAAAUAUCCUAACAGGGUUGGGGUACGUAAUGGAGGAACGCUACCGCUGGGAAAGCAAAAUGGUGGUUUCGACCUGGAUACAUCAACAAUUGGAAGCGUAGAGUCCACUGCCGUUAGCGUCAACGCAACACCACACACGCGCAGGAGGAGAAAGAAGAAAAUGCCAUGUGCAAGACAACAUUAUCAAUUCGACUACCUCGAUGAGGGGAUUUUAUUAGAAGAUAAGCCGCUGUCGUAUACAAGCGACAACCCCUAUAGUUACACCUUCGUGACUGUGGACACUUCGCCUGUGUGUAUUUGCCAUCACAACGGACUUCUGGAGACAGGGUUUGAUCGUUUGCCUCAAAGAGAUUUUUACACAAGUUUCACACCAGCGUUUGGUCCACCAAACCGAAGCUAUACUUCUCAUUACUCUGGUCGACCAAGCUGGAGUUUACCAGAGUCUUUCGUAUGAUCACACACCCACGUUUACUCGUGAAGUUUUGAUUGUUGUCCUUGUUUGCUAGACUAAGGGUAGUCUCCAUUUCCUCGCAUGAUCUAUCGUGCGAUUAAUUAACACCUGGAGGAACAAAAAUAAUAUAUUUUGGCAGGGUGGAACAUAAGGAAGCUGUUCGCGUUUACCGACAAGCAGCGACCGAAUGUAACUUUCGUGAUCGAUCAAGGAUGAUAAGUUUCCAGAGUGUUUCAAGUCCAAUCUUCCUGGCGCUCUUUAAUGUGUCUCUUUCCCGCGCUCUUCUCUUUUCACCGUCCACGCGACUUUGGAAUUGUGUUAAAAUCAUUUCCACCGAUUUCUAUUGAUCCACAGAGUGCGCCUGGAAAUAAGUUCUGCUCAUUGUCCAGUCGUUUGCGUGUUGCAGUUCUCCAAUGUUACGAGCAAAACGAGGCGCAUUCCUGAACGCAACUGGGUCAGCGGAAACUGCCUUGAUUCCGACCCCUAAGACCCAGUUGUCAGUAUUGUUUACGAGCUAUAGGUGGUAUGUUACAGGUAGCUCACGCAACGUGACAAAAGAAGAGAAAGUCGAACUCGGAUAUGGCCUUACUGAACGAAAUUUUCCUUCGAUAUUUUUAAGGAGAUAUUUGGGAAUAACGAUACCAAUAAAAAAGCUUGAUUUAA